GCAUUCUCCCGAUAUAUACUGAACGUGACGCGAGAUUUUGCUCAUCAGUCGCGAGAAUUUGCUUUUUGGGGGUCGAGUAGUGAUACCACGCUUCAACGGCUACGGUCACUACAGUUUUCUACAUAAAACGAAAUAAAGGUUAAAAAAAAAAAACGAGAGGGAAAAAAGUACUUGUUGGGAAAAAGAGAGACGGAGACACGGUGCGAUUAGGGCGGAACAAAGACAGAGGGGGAAAGAGAUAGAGACGGAAGAACCAUAGGGAACAUUCGUACUCUCCACAGUUCCGUCGGUUCAGUCACACUGCGUCACUUAACCGAGCGAGUUCGCGGUCGUUUCUCUUUCCUUUCGGACUCGUUGACCACUCUCUUUUUUAUUUUCUUAUUUCUGUCUUCUCCCGUGUUUCAAACCUGUCUCAUUCCUUUAUUUCCCCUUUCGUUUUCGUUCAUUUUGUCUAAAGAAUAUAAUAAUAUUCGCGAUUGUUCUCUCAUGAGUACGAACGUUUAAUCUUGGGAAAGCGACGUCGGACGUUUUUAACGACGUUUCACUUUUUUCGUACCGGUGUUCGACGAACAUCCAAGGGGUGCACGUGAACCGACAGAGUCAAUCCGACUGCGAAGCGUUUGUGUUCCUCAUUGAUCGAUCAUCUAUCGGAUUGAGAAGAGGCCGUCUUACUAUUGCUACUAUAGUUCGAGUGGCGAACAGGAUCGGAAGACGCAGUCAUGAACGGGAUUUCCAAUCAGUGCGCGAAAAUCAAGGACCUAAGUAUAUACGACGACGAAGACGACCACAAGAUGAAAAUAAAAAAGCCGGGACCAAUAAGAACUGUUUCCUGGUCGGAGAGCGUCGAGGAGAGCAAUUUGGAUGUACCGGGGACGCCCAGAACUCCACGAACUUCCACCACGCCAGGACAUGAAAAAUGUACCUUUCAUCACGAUUUGGAGCUAGACCAUAGGCCACCCACGCGCGAGGCUCUACUUCCGGAAAUGUCACGGAGUUACAAGCUACUUUUGAGCUCACUUGGCGAGGAUCCUGAUCGACCAGGUCUUUUAAAGACUCCGGAACGUGCUGCGAAAGCCAUGCUGUUUUUCACCAAAGGUUACGAUCAAAGCAUCGAUGACGUUAUAAACGACGCGAUAUACGAUGAAGAUCACGACGAGAUGGUUGUAGUGAAGGAUAUCGAGAUGUUCUCCAUGUGCGAGCAUCACUUGGUACCGUUCUACGGAAAAGUCUCGAUCGGCUACCUACCAUGCAAGAAGAUCCUUGGGCUGAGCAAAUUGGCCAGAAUCGUAGAGGUCUUCAGCCGACGACUUCAGGUUCAAGAACGUCUUACCAAACAAAUUGCAUUAGCUGUAACGAAAGCGGUGCAACCAGCGGGAGUGGCUGUGGUCGUCGAAGGAGUGCACAUGUGUAUGGUAAUGAGAGGAGUUCAGAAAAUAAACAGCAAGACGGUUACGUCAACGAUGCUCGGCGUGUUCCGGGACGAUCCAAAGACUCGCGAGGAAUUCCUUAAUUUGAUCCACAACAAAUAAACUUCUUUCAUCGGACCGUCGAAGCAUAUAUCUUUUUCGUUAUUGGCCAAGGGACCAGUCUAGAAUGGCCCCGAUACGAUUCUUGUUCAAACGUUUUUGUCAUACUGCUACCUCACUACAAAAGUCGUCCAAAAAAGAAAAGACAAUUGUUGAUUUGACGGCAAGCUUCUUUGUAACAUUCCUUUUAUUUUUUUAAGGAAAACAUUAUUUUGUAUGCGCCAACGUUAUAAAAAAUUAACAGGAUUAACUGUCGACCAUAGUUAUCGUAACGGAACGACUAAUAACACAGAUUGGACGAUGUUGUCUAAGACGUCUUUGAACAAGGCGUUCUUAAACUGCUGAUCGAAUGACACAGAGACAAUAUGGUAGUUACAUACCGAAACUUUACGUAAGUUCUACAAACUGCUGGUAAUACUUCUAGUACGUGAGAGAAAAAAGGAACUUACAGAUCGUUUCGCAAAACGACAACGCAUAUGCUUGAGAAAGCGUGUGAUAUUUUCCUUAAGGGAACCCGAAACUUCACUAAAAACAUAUUAAUAACAUUACCAUGCUGCUGGAUCAGCUGUAAUUAUCCGUUCGAUUAAUGUUAUACUUUGCAAAUAUUUUUGUAAUGUUAUUGAUGUAUUCAGGAAAUAGGCGAAUAACAUUCGAUUCGGCGUCCUUCGGUAAUGCAACUGCGUCAAAUAUGAAAAUGCACUUAUGAAAUACCGAAAUCGAGGCUUUUCGAUCGGCAUGAACUGAACGAUUGCCAGGACGCUUUCAACCAAUGGCCUCGUGACUCGUGACAAUACGUAUUUUAGAUUCUAUACUAGCGAUUCUGUGUAAAAAAAUGUUCGCAUCGUGAUGCAGCAUGCUGAUCGAGAAACACAGAUUAGCCCUAUUAUAUCUUGAAAGCAAAUGCUCACGGCGAACAAAUAAUAAAUUCCUCCGAUUUCGUUUCCGUUUCCAGCUUGUAAAACGUUAACAGCCAUACGUCUUACAACACGAAACGUUUUAAAAAGUUUCGUACUUGUCUUUACAUUCUGUUAUCGUGAUUCCUUCUACUAUUUUUGAGUGUCUUAUCAAAGAAGUGCAACUACUCGUUACUUAACGAAUUUUAAUACUCGAUUGACAUUUAUAUCUCUGUAAUCUUUAUUAAGAAUGUAUAAAAAAUUUCGUAAAAGAAAGCAGUGGUUUCGACGCACAAUUUUUCAGCCAUACAA